UUUUUUGGAUUUCACCAGAGACUUGUGUCCGAGCCAGUUCCAGGAGCACUGGAGGGGCACGAGGCCCCAAGUCGUGUGGUGACGUGAGUGUUCUGAGAUUCCCGUCCGAGUCCACAUUUCGACACCAAUGUUCGGCGAAACACUUGAGUUAGUUGCAGUGAUGCCACUGCGUAACUGUAUAUGAAUGUACGCUUUAGGAAAUUCCAUUCGCUUAGACCAAGUUUCAAGUCUUUAGGGGAUUUCUGGGUUUGCGUUAAAAGUAGAAUUAUAUUGAUUUUUGGGGGGAGGGGGUGCCAAUCCCUCUGCAGCCCCAGAGUUCUGUGAUCGACUGCGAUCGCCAUGUUUAUUCAACCUGUUUUGAAAGUUGAAACGUUGUAGAGGCUCGACGUCGCACGGGAAGAGAGAAGCACUGGAUUAACACCCGUCGGUACGCCUGUUUCCUGUUCAUCAGUUGCCUGAUAUUACAGUUCUAAAUGUCAUAUUCGAGCUCAAAACAUAUAGGACAGGAGAGAGAAGAACGAGGACUCUGAUACACCGAGAAGGAGAGUUAGUGGCGUCAUAGAAGCCCUUGUGUACUUGCGGGAGUUAGGAAGUCAAAGUUUGUCUCCAUCUGGCUUCACGUUUUGAAGUUCUGGUUGCAUUACAAGAGAACAAAGUCCAAUUUUAGGGUGCUCAAGUGUACAGACUCUUUGGUUGUGAUUUUGACGGACAGUGUAAGACAGUGCAUCCGUCACAUCCGCUAUCUGCACGUUGCAGACGAUUGCUGUGUAAGGAAAAAACAUUACUGAAGAGAAAAAAAUAUAUAUAUAUGAAUGUGUGAGACAGAGAAGAAAGCACUGCCUGCUACUGGCCGCCAUAUUGAUUCUACAAGCCUCAGGUUUGUGAGCUACAGUCCAAACAGACCGAAAGGGUAACCAGGCGCUGAAGAACCGACCGUUGGCUGCACUUGUGUUUCCAGCGCAAUUAGCAAGAACCCAGCACUUCACAUGCCUUAGAGGCGUUGAGUGCCGGUGGAGUGGAACUCCUGAGGACUCUGUGGCGACGACGAACUGCAGCAGCAACAGAAGGAUGGGGACAGUGUUGAGCUUCAGCCCUCGCGAGAGGCGCCCCGUCUAUAGCAGUAACAGCGGUGGCGAGUUCACGCUCAACAACUUCAGCUACGAGCAGCUUAACAAUGCCAAGAACCGCGAGAACAAGGGCGUCACGGCGGCAGUCGGCGUCGCUAACAAUACCAACUCCAAUAACCACCACAACCACAAUAACAACAUAAACGAGAACUCCAGAAUCAUCUCUGAGAAGAAUGCACUGGAGAAGAACUUUAAGAAACACUCGUUAUUCAUCAAUGCACUCAGCUGGAAGCGAUUCUCGACUGCCAACAACAACAAGAAGAAGCUGGACAACAAGAACAAGAACAUGUCUGCCUUCCGACAGCCGCUGGUGGACAACAUCCACCCACUAGUGGUGGACAAGAACAAGAACAUUCAGAAGGGGGCAGCCAUCUUGUGCUACUUCCCAGCCACCAACAAACCAACGUCCUCUACAACCGCGGCCAUAGACUGCCAGGACAUUGUCCGCGCCAACAACAACAACAACACGAACCACCAGCACCAGCACUGCGACAAGUUGGCCCCGAAAGCGGUGCUGCUGUCGAACCUUGCAGCGAAUCACCAGCACGUUGCACCCAAGAAGACGGUGAUCCAGGCCUCCACAUCAGAGCUGCUCAAGUGUCUGGGCAUCUACCUGCACUCCAAGUGCUACCGCCUCAAGGACUUCCAGGCAGGGGACGCCGUCAUGUGGCUGCGGACAGUGGACAGGAGCUUGCUGCUGCAAGGCUGGCAGGAUGUGGCUUUCAUCAACCCGGCCAACGUCGUGUUCGUCUACAUGUUGGUACGAGAGCUGGUCCAUGAGGAAGACGUAGACUGCGAACAGGACCUUCAAGCCGUCGUAUUGACUUGUCUCUACCUAUCGUACUCAUACAUGGGCAAUGAGAUCUCUUACCCGCUCAAACCCUUCCUCGUAGAGGACAAUAAGGAAAAGUUUUGGGACCGAUGUCUACUCAUCGUGAACCAGCUGAGUCGCAGUAUGUUGCGUAUCAACGCGGAGCCUGGCUUCUUCACGGAAGUGUUCACGGAGCUGAAGGCGUGCGGCACUAAAGCAGGCAUCACCAGCACCAGUCUGGGGGCUGGGAACGUCGCGUCGGCGGUCGGCACGACGGCAGCUUGACCGGCUUCUUCAACUUUCCUCGUUAAAUUGACACUAGCUAAGAGUACCGGCAGUCGUCACUGCAAACAAUAUGUUACUACACUGUGACCGAGGGCGUGUUCAGGGGCAGGCGGGCGUGAGGUGCUACUGCAUCUCUGAUACGCAGACCGACUCGACUGACAGUUGGCGCUUCCGGGCCUCUGUGUACAGUUGUGUGGGGCAGGAGAACGUCUAAUUCUCUUCAUAUACACUUUUGCGCUUGAAUCCCUUAAUACAAGAAAGGCACGCAACGAAAACUAAAAAUAAUUUUGGAAAAUUGGGGUAUUUAUUUAAUUUCUUUGGUGUUACUGUUUAGGAAAUCAUAGCCUCCUAAGAGUUUAUUUCUUACUGAUUAAUUUGGUGUGGAAAGGCGAGUCAAUUGCAACGAAACAGCUACAAUGCGAGACGAGGCUCUCAUGGCGAUCAGUGUGGAGAUUAUUGUCUUCUUGGAUGUUAUACAGUGCAGUCUGGUAGAUCAUCACAAUUAUCGCAAAGGCAUCUGCCGCCUCCUGAAGAUGGAGACAGCACGCUCCUCCGAAACGGUGAUUAUGAUUUCCCAGACUACAAACUCUCAAUUUCAGAACACAGAAACCUUCAAGCACUUGGACAGUUGUUUCUUGUAUUACACGACGCUGUAUGAACUGUAAAUGUCACAUAACAUCCAAUAGGAUUAAGAUAUUAGAAGACCAAUUAGCUGGAAUUGAUGGUGAAGGAAGCGGUCGUGGUAUAUUUAAUGGUACAAUCCAUGCAAUCCGCAUCAGAAGUUAUCAUGGCGUUACCUAGCAGAUUACUGUCUUCCAGGAUAUGACGGCGUGCGCCGUGUAAGAUGGUUAAUGACGCUUCGGAGAAACGUACUGCUUACGUCUUCAGGGUUUAUGUGCGUCACUGCUACACUGCAUCACAUACCAGUUCGUGUAAUCGUGAGGACUGACGAAGUCAUCGCAUGCCUUGAUCACGACACGCUGAGGCCUGGCCCAUAUUCUCAUCGUGCAAUUCUCGAGUUACCGCUGAGCCAGCCUGUCCGGCUGUUACGUUUCCAGGCCCACUGUAGACACGAUCUCUCUGAGUAACUAAAUCUGUCUUUUUCACAGCGGCUACGACUCACAUUACGGCCCAUUGGGUUAGAUACAAGGCAGUCUGGCACGUGGAUAUCAAUGUUUCGAAAGAUCACCAGCCUCCAUCUUCAGGUUCUCUACUACCAUGAAGAUGGAGGAACUAAGUUCCUUCGAAAUACUGGUAACAACCUGCCAGGAUGAUGACCACAGUAUUUCAGGGUUCCUCGAAACGUAGUCAAGAAUAAGAUGACUCUCUUCCGUGACGCCGUGCAGUAUGGUAGACAGACCCAUUUACCAUACUUUCUGAGAAACUUGCUGCCUCAAUCUUCAGAGUAGAAGAGGAAGCAGAGGAGGGAAAUCAGCCUGUGAUAUAGAAAACGGAAGCUGGAGGCAGCAGGUUCCUCCAAAAGUUGGUAAAUAUCCACCAGACUGAUGUCACUCCACUGAAGACAAGUCUUAACAGACACUGCCAUGAGAGCAGUAACACAGUUUGCAGCAUUCAGGGAACGGGAAGGAACAGGUCUGCAUGCUGUACAGCUGACAACACCGCUUCUUUAAAAUUACGAACAAUAAAUUUAAACGGCUGAUGUGAUUCGGGAAGAGACCGGCUCGAUUCUCGGCCGUUACACUGACCAUACUGAUGGGUAUUUCGUGGCUUUCCUCAGUCCCUCCAGGCAAAUAACGGGAAAGUACUUCAAUUAGGCCAGAACGGCCGCUUCCUUCUGCACGUUGCAACCAGUUUUGCUGAUACACUUGUUCCCUCCGAGCUCAAGCCACCUCUGUCACGUGUAGCUCCGGUUCCGUUGCCCUGCAACUGCGCAGCGCCACGCUCGAGUUAUCAGAGGCGCGUCUGACCGGAUAUUGGUUCGCAGUUCCGGGAAACUACAUCAAAGCGCCAUUUAAUCUAAUGUUCUCCACGGGUGCCUGGGAUUAUAUGAGAAUCACUGAAUCACCAGUCGCAAGAAUGUUCUGCAGCUCAAAUGAACAUCAAACUGAAAAAGUAGGGCGCCUCAUAAGAACCGUAACUUCUGUCUUCAUUUUGAGCCUUGUCGGACAUGAGACUGUCACAGAGGUUGGAUAUAGCGCCGUGGAGUCCGGUGAAGAUCAACCAGCGUUUCGGAGAAACAUGUGGCCUCUAUCUUCGUGAUCGAAGGGUGGGGCAAGCAAAAAUCCAGCACAAGCUGCAUGUGUCAGAAUCAGAUAUGUCCGAACUACACGGCGUCAGAAGCCGGAAGAUCGUGCUCUCUUCCCACCGUUUGACGCUAUACAGUGUAGCUACUGUCAGCGUUGUACAUAAACCCCCCACACAUAACAUUAUGUGCCAGCUGAGGCCUCGUUUCUUCGUCUCAUUCCACUCUGCCUUCUAAACAAGAUGAAUACGUUAAUGUAAGAGCGCUAUAAGUGUUAACUACGCGGACGGUGGGAACCCAAUCGAUAGCCGUAGUUUCUUGCAGAGCAGUACCCGAUCCGCUGUUCCUCGUUUAUACACCCCUAAGUCAAGGUCUGAUUGCAGUGACCAAGCCGUUUGCACCUAUAUCUGUUGCUGUUAUACAAACCCGCUCAACGACAUACGUGUGGACUGUGGCAAACUGUAUUAAUUCAGGAAGCGAAUUCCUAUUGGAGCAAACAAAAUAAGGGUACGAAGUAAAACCAGCCUAAGGGGGCCCAUACACGUACGGGUCUGGCUCGCCAGUCCGACUCGGCUCGGGUUCCUAUGAGCCAA